GGGGCGGGGGGCGGGAGAGAGCGGGUGGUUGCUGCUGCCCGGGGAGGGCUGGGAGUCUUUUCCACGUUUGCAAACGCCGCCGCACGCCCAGGCCCGACUCACGCCGCCCGAGCUCAGCGCGCCUCUCCAGCUCCGCGCCGCGACCCCCUUUCCUCGCUGCCCGCGAUGGCGAUCAGGGCCCGGGGUUGGCGGCCCCCGCCGCCGCCGCUGCUCCUGCUGCUGCUCUGGGUGACCGGGCGGGCGGCGCCCGUGGCGGGCCUGGGGCUGGGCUCCGACACGGAGCUGCAGAUCGAGCGGCGCUUCGUGCCCGACGAGUGUCCCCGCACCGUGCGCAGCGGCGACUUCGUGCGCUACCACUACGUGGGAAUGUUCCCAGACGGCCAGAAGUUCGACUCCAGCUAUGACAGAGACUCCACUUUCAACGUGUUUGUGGGAAAAGGACAACUGAUUGCAGGAAUGGACCAAGCUCUGGUCGGGAUGUGUGUAAAUGAGAGGCGUUUUGUGAAGAUCCCCUCAAAGCUGGCCUAUGGAAGUGAAGGAGUUUCUGGUGUGAUUCCCCCAGAUUCAGUGCUUCAUUUUGAUGUACUUCUGAUGGAUAUUUGGAAUUCGGAAGAUCAGGUUCAGAUUCACACUUACUUCAAGCCCCCCAGUUGCCCUCGGACCAUCCAGGUGUCUGAUUUUGUUAGGUACCACUACAAUGGAACGUUCUUGGAUGGGACACUGUUUGAUUCGAGUCACAAUCGCAUGAAAACAUAUGACACAUAUGUGGGAAUUGGCUGGCUGAUUCCUGGAAUGGACAAAGGGCUGCUGGGGAUGUGUGUGGGAGAAAAGCGCAUCAUCACCAUACCUCCUUUUCUGGCCUAUGGAGAAGAUGGAGAUGGGAAAGACAUUCCUGGGCAGGCAUCUCUGGUGUUUGAUGUUGCAUUAAUGGACCUCCAUAACCCCAAGGAUGGCAUUUCCAUUGAGAAUAAGGUAGUUCCUGAAAACUGUGAGCGGCAAAGUCAAACGGGGGACUUUCUCAGGUAUCAUUACAACGGCACACUUCUGGAUGGUACAUUCUUUGAUUCCAGCUACUCGCGGAACCGCACCUUUGACACGUACAUUGGGCAGGGCUACGUGAUUGCUGGGAUGGAUGAAGGUUUACUCGGCGUUUGCAUUGGAGAGAAGAGGAGGAUCGUGGUCCCCCCUCACCUGGGGUAUGGCGAGGAAGGAAGAGGGAACAUCCCCGGCUCGGCUGUGCUGGUGUUUGACAUCCAUGUGAUUGACUUUCACAACCCUUCAGACUCCAUCAGCAUCACCUCCCACUAUAAGCCCCCCGACUGUUCAGUGCUGAGUAAGAAGGGGGAUUACCUCAAGUAUCACUACAACGCCUCGCUUCUGGAUGGGACGCUGCUGGAUUCCACGUGGAACUUAGGUAAAACAUAUAAUAUCGUUCUGGGAUCUGGACAAGUCGUGUUGGGAAUGGAUAUGGGUCUCAGAGAGAUGUGCGUUGGAGAGAAACGGACUGUGAUCAUUCCACCCCACCUGGGCUACGGGGAGGCUGGUGUGGAUGGAGAAGUGCCCGGCAGUGCUGUGUUGGUGUUUGACAUCGAGCUGCUGGAGCUCGUGGCCGGCCUGCCGGAGGGGUACAUGUUCAUAUGGAACGGCGAGGUGUCAGCCAACCUCUUUGAAGAAAUUGACAAGGACGGCAAUGGAGAAGUCCUCCUGGAAGAGUUCUCAGAAUACAUUCAUGCCCAGGUGGCAUCUGGCAAAGGGAAACUUGCCCCUGGAUUCGAUGCUGAGAUGAUUGUGAAGAAUAUGUUCACCAACCAGGACCGGAAUGGAGAUGGGAAGGUCACGGCUGAGGAGUUUAAACUCAAAGACCAGGAGGCAAAACACGACGAACUCUAAACCUGUUAUGAGCCACUUGUGUGAUGCCAAGCCCCCUGUUGUGGCAGAAUGUGCAGUGAGGGUGCGAGGGUCUCUCAGAAGGGGAAUCGUCAGCAAGUAGUAGGUGGGUCAUAUAGUACCUGGGACAUACAUCGGGGUGGGUUGAUACACAUGCUGAGAAUUUUAGGCUGAUGCCAGUGAUACUAAAAAAAUCAGUGCGGGUGCCUUAGCAUGGGUUGUGUAGAAUAUUGAAAAUGCUGCAUUGUCAUAAGUUUUGUGAGCCUUCUGGGUAGUUUUGUUAUGAAAGGAAAAUAGUGUCAUACAGGAGUUAUAAUCAUCUUGGAGGGAACAGAAGAACACGUGUCUAGGAUAUUUACAUAAAGAGGAUUAAAAAUGUUUUUAACUUGCUGGUGUUUUAAAAUUAUUCUCCAGAUGGCUAGAAGAGACAGAGGGCAUGCCCCAGCAGGAUUCCCAGACAGCCCCAGAGAAGUUUUCCCAAUGGCCCGUAUGGGCCCUGGUAAUGCCCAACCUCCACCGUGCCUCUACUCACACACUCACACAGACACACACACACACACACACACACACACACACACAGGUGUGCUCUUCUAGUUAAUCAUACCCCACCUCACUGUGGUCCUCCCAUUGGCUAGGUAACUUGGAUGUUAAAAAGAAAAUCAGUGGACCAAACAAAAGGCAUCUUGGACCAUGAGUAGAGAAUUUGAUUCUGCAUUUGUCACAUAAGAUUAUCUUCUUCACUCUUGCUUAUUCCCAUCACUCUAUCCCAUAGCACCCUCUCUUCUCACCCUGAAUCCUUUGAUCAGAUAUAGAUACACAUAGGGCUGGUGGCUAAGCCUAGCUCCAGAGUUAUCUCACUGUGGCCAAGACGGAAAUGUCAUCCCAACAGGUGAGCAUAGACAAAGUGACAUAUUUCUGCCUCUCAUUCAUGUCCUAGAGAGGGAGGUGCCCUAAGGCCUGGGAGCCUCUCUCUGCAUAGGAGAAGGACACUGUACCUGCUGGCCUGUCCCCACGUUAUGCAGUAACCACCUUGCUGCCUCAUGUCCUCUGUUCCCAAGUGGUGGUGGCACUCAUCCUGCAGUAACCAAUGAUUUUCCUUUUGAAACAGCUUUGUUUUACUAAUUUAAACUAUUUUGUACUGAUGUAGCCCUGAGAUAGAUCGUUCCUGAAAAUGCUGUGCACUCAUUCAAUGGAAUAAAUGUUGGAAGAUGACUUUUUCAUAAAUAAAAUAUUGAAUUAUAUCA